UGGGAUUCCUUUAUGAGGUGCAACCAAAACAGCUGUUUGACAUAGCAACAGGGAUAUUCUGGCAGGCUGUCGAGAAUUAGUUCUUGAAUACUGUUGUGGUUUUGAUCACUAAUAUGGCUUUUGGACUCUCUUUGAGUGUUUCUUGGAUGUGUUGCCUGCUAAUUGGAGGGAUAAAGUGUUUUACACUUAAAGGUAACGCUCAUGGGCAUCCUGCCUACACUGGACCUGAACCAACUGGAUCCUAUGCCCAAGCAAGUGUGGUGUCUGGUCCAAAUGCUAAAGCUACUGGCCACAAUGCCACGUCAGCGGAAGCUACUGGCCACAAUGCCACGUCAGCAGAAGCUACUGGCCACAAUGCCACGUCAGCGGAAGCUACUGGCCACAAUGCCACGUCAAGUGUAAAGUCCGGCGCCUCAGCAGCAGCGUCAGGCCCCGGCGCCUCAGCAGCAGCGUCAGGCCCCGGCGCCUCAGCAGCAGCGUCAGGCCCCGGCGCCUCAGCAGCAGCGUCAGGCCCCGGCGCCUCAGCAGCAGCGUCAGGCCCCGGCGCCUCAGCAGCAGCUUCAGGCCCCGGCGCCUCAGCAGCAGCUUCAGGCCCCGGCGCCUCAGCAGAAGCUUCAGGCCCCGGCGCCUCAGCAGAAGCUUCAGGCCCCGGCGCCUCAGCAGAAGCUUCAGGCCCCGGCGCCUCAGCAGAAGCGACAAGCCUUGAACAGACCACUCAACUAGGGAGAUCAUAAUUUGGUUUGGCCAACUCCUUAAUAGUCUUAUCCCUGUUACUGUGCCUCUUGCAGAAAAGGGUAAAGGUAACUGAGGUGGGGAAAUGUGCAAACUAAUGCGCUUGUUUGAAACGAGUAUCUCCUUCACUUGUACAUCAUCAUGCAAAUUGUAUACAGGGGUGGAUGAUACAAUGUUAUGAAUUGUUUUUAUAAACAUACGACUAAAUUGACUUCUGAUGUAGCGAUAUUGCCCGCCACACUUUUAGGUUCUACAGUUAUGCUUUUGAUUUAGCCUGGUGUUCCUGCUACUCUUGCAUGAUUUGCUCAAUAAACCAUUUGACUUUCAAAAAA